UCUUAUCUUCCCCUAAGCUUUAGCGUAGACCAAAGAAGACCAGAGAGUUUCGGACAGAAAGAUCUCAAAUCAGACAACUUAAUUUUUAAUCUUCUUACACCACAACGUUGUUUGACUUCCAAAAGAAAAAUCUCCAGAUAGAUUCCGACCGGAUAAAUCCUCUUCCUUUCAGAUCUCCAAACUCCAAUAGAUCUGCUGGCGGUAAUGGCGGUUACUUCCUGAUCUCAGAGAAGCAAAAAAAAAAAAGAAGAAGACCCAUCUCUUAACAUUGGUUGCACUCUUUAAUGGCGGGGCUUCAAAAAGGCAAGUCCUUUCUCUUCUGUUUCUCCUUCUUUGUCUCGUGUAGCUUGCUUUUCCUUUCGCCGAUUGUAACCGCUUCCGAGUCUGAUCCGCCUCCGUACGAGCACUCUGAUGCUUCUCCUGGAGUCGUGACCGUCAGCGAAUCCGACAGGCAAGGUGUUGCAUUGCAUAGGCUCGAGGAGCUUGUUAGGAAUCUAACGGAAGUAGUAGCUAGAUUAGACGCUAAGUUAUCUGAAACCUCUUCUAAGGAGAAGAACGAGAUCAGUAGUAAUGGGGUUAAAGAGGAGAAAGCUAAGAAGGCCUUUUCAGUGACAAAGUACAGUCCUUUCUGGUCCGAGAGAUUCGAGUUCACCUCCGCCGUGAAGCUAAACUCCGAGGCAACGUGCAUCAACGUGUUGCCCUUCAGAGACCACGAAGGUUUAAGCAAGUACUUCGUCGUUGGAGACUCGAGUGGUAACCUCUACGUGUUCUUGAGAAACGGCGACGUUUUGGUCGAGUUUUUCACCAACUGUGAUUCGCCGAUCACCGCGAUGGUUUCUUACAUGUCUGUGUAUAAGAACGAGAGCUUCGUGGUGACGGGGCAUCAAAGUGGAGCCGUCUUGUUGCAUAGACUCAGAGAAGGCUCGAUGGGAGAAGAUUUGAGUUCAGCUGUGAUGGAGAGUGUUGGCAAGUUCGAUGUCACGGAGGAUGGUUUGGAAGUUACGUUACUAGAAGUGCAUCAUGUUGGACGUGUUAGGUACAUAAUCGCGACAGAUCUCACCGGAAAGCUAACAGUUUUCACCGAGAACAGAACCGUUCACGGGUCCGUUACUCCUACAAGUAGACCUCUCGUCUUCUUGAAGCAAAGGCUGUUGUUUCUCACCGAGACCGGCGCUGGUUCGUUAGACUUGAGAAGCAUGAAGAUCAGAGAAUCAGACUGCGAAGGCUUGAACAGCUCUCUAGCGAGAACGUACGUUUUCGAUGCUUCCGAGCGGUCUAAAGCCUACGGAUUCACGUCAGAAGGCGAAGUCAUCCACGUGUUGCUUCUCGGCGACGUAACGAACUUCAAAUGUAGAGUGAGGUCAAAGAAGAAGGUUCAGAUACAAGAGCCUGUAGCGUUACAAGCCAUCAAAGGAUAUCUUGUGCUACUCAACGAAGAGAAAGUGUUUGUAUACAAUGUAUCGACACAACACUACGUUAGAACAACGGGUCCUCGUCUUCUCUUCCCUGCUGCAUUAGAAGAUCUCAAGUCAACGUUCUUGACCCAUCAAUCUAAAACGAGUCCCCAAAACUUUAAGGUUACUACUCCUUUGAUAGCAAGCGACCGUGAGAAGCUUCUUGUGAUGAGUUUAGGCGAAGGGUACGUAGCUACAUUCAAAUCAAAGCUUCAGAGUUCCAAAGGAGAACUCAACACGAUGCUAUGGAGCAGUCCUGUCUUCUUCUUUCUACUGUUUUUAUUCGGGGCGUGGCAUUUCUUUGCUAAGAAGAAAGAGUCUCUCACAGCUUGGGGACCUGACGAUCCUUUCACAUCUUCCUCUUCUUCUGCUUCUUUCUCUGAGCCAUCUAGGAGAAACAACGAUGAUCUCAUGGAUCUUAGGAGAAGAUAUGUUUCUCCAUCUCGGUACCCUCCUGGAGCUGCAGCUGGUACUUAUAGGUCGGUUGCCUCUAAUGACCCGACCACGAGAGGUUCGGUUGAUAGUACAAACUAUAGAGCAACAGGGCAGGGGAUGAAGUAUCGUGGUGUGACAGGGCUUGAUUCUUCAGGUGGUGGUGGGUUUGGUAAUAGAAGAGAGAGUUUGUUUGGUAAUAAUAACAAAGCUUUAGACAACGAAAGUUAAGGGCCUUUUUUAACGUUUUGCCACUUUUUUUUUGUUACCGGUUAACGCUUGAAGUUUUUUUUGUAUUUUGUAACACUCCGGCGAGAAAAAAUAAAUGUUUUACCGGUAGCUUUUGUUUCUCCGGACACUUCUUGUUUAGUCAAACUCUUGUAGAUUUGAAUCGUUAUGUAAUUUUUUCUUGUGGUCAA